AUGGAAAUCGGAAACUUGAGCCGUCUGAUAGAGUUUUCGGCUUGGAAUAAUGAUUUGGUUGGACCUAUUCCAGCAGCUGGAAGAUUACAGCGGCUUGAAGGUUUAUUUCUAUAUGGAAACAAACUGCAGGGAUCGAUCCCAAACGACCUCUGUGAGUUAAAGAUGAUAUAUAAUAUAUCACUUCAUCGUAAUUUACUUGAUGGUUCAGUGCCAGCAUGCUUUGAUAAUUUGACUGCUUUAAGAUAUCUGAACUUAGAUUCCAACAAACUGAGUUCCAACAUUCCAUCGACCUUGUGGACACUUUCGAAUCUGUUGGAACUCAAUUUGUCAUCGAAUUUUCUCAGUGGCUCUGUCCCGUUAGAUGUUGGGAACUUAAAGGUUUUGAUCAGCAUGGAUUUAUCCAGGAAUCAGCUGUCAGGUAACUUGCCAAGCACCAUUAAUGGCGACCUCAACGGUUUGAUUUAUCUUUCAUUUGCAGAGAAUUCAUUGCAGGGUCCAAUUCCUGAAUCUUUCGGGCAUUUACUUAGCUUGGAGUUCUUGGAUCUCUCGAGAAACCAACUUUCUGGAGUGAUUCCCAAGUCCAUGGAGGCGCUCUCCCAUCUCAAAUACUUGAACGUCUCUUUCAAUAGACUCGAUGGUGAAAUCCCGACAGGAGGACCGUUCCAAAACUUGUCAGCCGAGUCGUUCGGGUCAAACGAAGCUCUUUGUGGUUCGCCUCGACUUCAGGUGCCACCAUGCAAAGCUAGCUCCCAUCACAGAUCGAAGGAGGCGUCGGUUCUUGUGCUGAAAUACAUCUUACCAUCUAUAGCAUCUGCAAUGUUGCUACUGACCCUUAUUGUCAUCCUUAUGAGACACCGUAAUUCGAAACUAAAGGUUCCGAAUCUAGAAACUCCAUUGCCACUGGCAACAUGGAGAAGAAUUUCUUAUUACGAGCUUCGAGUUGCAACAGAUGGAUUCAACGAAAGUUGCUUGAUUGGUACCGGAACUUUUGGCUCGGUUUAUAAAGGCACUCUAUCAGAUAAUACAACGGUUGCAGUAAAAGUUUUCGAUCUACGUAUAUAUCGAGCAUUCCAGAGUUUUGAUUCAGAGUGUGAAGUAAUGCGGUCCAUUCGCCAUCGAAAUCUGGUUAAAGUCAUUAGCAGUUGUUCCAACGAGAAUUUCAAGGCUUUGGUACUCGAGUACAUGCCGAAUGGGAGCCUUGAAAAGUGGUUAUACUCUCAUACUUCCACUCUAAAUAUUGUACAAAGACUCGACAUAAUGAUCGAUGUUGCAUCGGCUCUUGAACAUCUUCAUCACGGUCAUCAAACACCGGUGAUCCACUGCGAUAUGAAACCCGAAAACGUGUUACUCGACGAAGGUAUGGUGGCUCAUGUGGGUGACUUCGGGAUUGCCAAGCUAUUAGGAGAAGGAGAAUCCAUGAAACAGACCAUCACAAUGGCCACAAUUGGUUACAUGGCACCAGAAUAUGGAACAUCAGGGAUCGUUUCUACCGAAGGCGAUGUGUAUAGUUUUGGCAUAUUACUUAUGGAGAUGUUGACACGAAAGAAGCCUACCGAUGAAAUGUUUACCGACGAGUUAAGCUUGACGGAUUUCGUGAAGGAGUCGUUGUUUGAUUCUCUAACGAACGUUAUCGAUGCAGCUAUACUCCAGGAAGGGGAGGUACAUUUUACUGCAAAAGCCAGUUGCAUAUCGUCAAUGCUAGAAUUGGCCUUGGAUUGUUCAGCAGAGUCACCUGACAGAAGGAGAAAGAUGGUAGAUGUUGUGGCCGAACUCAAAAAGAUCAAAAUCAGGUAUCUAAAAGAUGUACAAAGACCGGUAAGAUGA